GAAUCUACUCUUCUUCUUCUUGUUUCUUUUCUUCACUCUUCACACUUUCGUUUCAACUGUCAACACCUCACACUCACUCUCUCAUCAUCUCAUGGGAUUCUCUCUGAUUCCAUCUUCUAGCUUCUUCACUGCUUCUUGACCACUGAAUCAUUUACCCUUUUGCGAGAUUUUUUUGUCCUAAUGGCUUCAUGCAAUGUUAAAGCAUUGAACUUGUGCUUUGGUGGAAAGAGAGUCAGUCUUUCGCAACAGUUUGGUACAAGAAAUUGGAUCAUCAGGAAGUCAGUGCAGUACACUAGUUUGGAUAUGUCACAACAUAGAGUUGGAUUUUUAAAGUCUUCUAAUGGCCCAUUGUCACAGAUCCAACCUGUUACAAGUUCAGAAAAUGGCUCUAAAGAGAUCGAAUCUUCUGGUUUGACAAGUACGCUGAUUCCUAAGCUCAACGAGGUGGAAUUCCUUCUCACAAAGUUAUGCGAGACUUCAAUUGGGGAGUUAGAAUUAAAACUUGCUGGGUUUCACCUGCAUGUAUUGAGGGAUUCAACUGAAAAAGUUAAAACUCUACCUCGUCAAACGCCUGCUUCUGUAAAUAUAAAUGUUGUCCCUGAAGCACCAAAAUCUAAUGGCCCAGUUGCUUCAUCAUCAUUGGCCAUUUUGAAGCCAGAGCCUUCUUCAGGGUCCGUCCAGAGAUUCCUAGACAAAGCUGCUGAUGAAGGCUUUGUAAUAAUUUACUCACCUAAGGUGGGUUUCUUUAGGAGAUCUCGAACCAUAAAGGGGAAACGCGCUCCACCAUCAUGUAAAGAGACUCAAAAAGUUCAGGAGGGGCAAGUGAUUUGUUACAUUGAACAGCUUGGUGGUCAACUGCCAAUUGAGUCUGACGUAUCCGGGGAGGUUAUCAGGAUUCUACGAGAGGAUGGCGAUCCUGUUGGAUAUGGUGAUGCACUGAUUGCAAUAUUGCCAUCAUUUCCAGGAAUAAAGAAGCUCCAAUAGAUCUUACAGGAUCUUAUUUUUCUUAAAUAUACACAUUCCCUGUAAUUAACUGAUAUGAUACUUUUAAGAGCAAGUGAUAUUGUGACCCUUAUCAUAUAUGACUUAGUCCAAAGUUUUGCCAUGCUGAGUUUCAGUAUAUUAGUGCUUCUGAA